UGCGCGCCUCAAUUCGUGGCCUUCCAUCCUCCUUCCCCUCCCCUCCCUCUUUCUCCUCUCCUGCUCUAACUCUACUUAUACUCCUCCUUAUUAACUCUCCAUUCCCGCAUUCCCAGGGCUCCAAAAACACACACUACACACACUUUCUCUGCAAAUCAAUAGCACGCACACACACACACGAGAACACAGAAAACCCAGAAAAAAGAAAAGCACAAAUUUUUAUUCAAAAUACAUAAAGAUGGAAACAGCAAGCCUAGCUAUGAGGGCAUCCUGUUCAAGUUUUUUCUCAAAAUCGCUCAGCCCUUUUAAUACCAAUCAUAGAACUCUGCGGCCUUGUUUUCCUUUUUACAAACCACCAAUCAGAUGCUUAGAUAUUUUAAAUUCCGACCCCAAUUCACAACCCCUUUUCAAAUCCACCUCAGAAGACCCUUCUGGAAAAAUCCCAUCUUUUUCUUGGUCUGCUGUCACCUCUUUCACUUCUCAUCAACCCAAUAUUUCGUCCAAUUCAAGGGAAAAACUGCAGCUCUUAGUUUCUGAGUUUCAGGCCCUUAAGGAGCCUGUUGAUCGCGUUAAGCGUCUUUUGAACUAUGCUUCUUGUUGUCCAUCGAUGGAAGCAUCCCUGAAAAUAGCCGCAAAUAGGGUUCCAGGCUGCACAGCUCAGGUUUGGUUGUAUGUGAUGAUGGAUGAUGAUCAGAGAAUGAGGUUUUUAGCUGAUAGUGACUCGGAGAUUACUAAAGGGUUCUGUUCUUGUUUGAUUUCGGUUCUCGAUGGGGCUACGGCUAAGGAGGUAUUGGAGUUGAAAACUGAAGAUUUGGGUGCUUUGAGUGUUGUGGGAUUGAAUGGAAUAGGCGGUUUAAGUUCUACUGCUUCUAGAGUUAAUACUUGGCACAAUGUGUUGGUUAGUAUGCAGAAAAGGACCAAGGCUUUGGUGGCUGAGCGCCAAGGUAGGCCGCGUGGCGAGCCGUUCCCAUCUCUUAUUGUGAAUGCUGACGGCAUAGAAGCUAAAGGGAGCUAUGCUCAAGCUCAGGCUAGGUUUUUGUCCCCUGAUCCAUUAAAAGUUCAAGAACUUGCCAAUUUGCUUAAGGAGAAGAAAAUUGGUGUUGUAGCACAUUUUUACAUGGACCCUGAGGUCCAAGGUGUUUUAACUGCUGCCCAGAAGCUGUGGCCUCACAUCCAUAUAUCUGAUUCCUUGGUUAUGGCAGAUUCAGCUGUCAAGAUGGCAAAAGCUGGAUGCAAAUUCAUAACUGUUCUAGGAGUAGAUUUUAUGUCAGAGAAUGUACGUGCAAUCCUCGAUCAGGGAGGAUUUACAGAGGUUGGAGUGUACAGGAUGUCUAAUGAACGGAUUGGUUGUUCUUUGGCUGAUGCUGCUGCCAGUCCAGCAUAUAUGGAUUAUCUUGCUGGGGCUUCUGUUUCUUCUCCACCGCUGCAUGUAGUUUAUAUAAACACUUCUCUGGAGACAAAAGCAUAUUCUCAUGAAAUUGUGCCUACAAUAACUUGCACUUCUUCGAACGUUGUACAAACAAUUUUACAGGCAUUUGCUGAAGUGCCUAACUUGAGUGUAUGGUAUGGGCCUGAUUCCUACAUGGGUGCAAACAUCGCGGAACUGUUCCGCCAAAUGGCUGUGAUGACUGAUGAAGAAAUUGCUGAGAUACAUCCAAAACAUAGUAGAAGCUCAGUCAAGUCUUUGCUGCCUUGCCUGCACUAUUUUCAGGAUGGAACGUGCGUCGUUCAUCACCUUUUUGGUCACGAAGUUGUUGAGAGGAUAAAUGAAAUGUAUUGUGAUGCAUUUUUAACUGCCCACCUUGAAGUUCCUGGUGAAAUGUUUUCUUUGGCGAUGGAAGCAAAGAGACGGGGAAUGGGAGUAGUUGGUUCCACCAAAAACAUACUAGAUUUUAUCAAACAGAAACUGCAAGAGGCUUUGAACAGAAAUGUUGAUGACCAUCUUCAAUUUGUAUUGGGGACUGAAUCUGGUAUGGUGACUUCAAUUGUGGCAGCAGUGCGCCAAUUAUUAGGUUCUGCCAACUCAUCUUCUGACAGAGGAAAAGUUAGUGUUGAGAUUGUCUUUCCUGUCUCAUCAGAGUCGGUGACAAGAACAGCUCCAAGUUCAUCUGUGGGUCUAAAUUUGGGUGAUUCAAGGGAAUUAAUGGGAGUUUCAGUUAUACCCGGUGUUGCAAGUGGAGAGGGAUGCUCCCUCCAUGGUGGCUGUGCCUCCUGUCCAUAUAUGAAGAUGAAUUCACUUGACUCGCUACUAAAAGUUUGCCAGGAUCUGCCCAACAAUAAAAGUAAACUGUCAGCCUAUGAGGCAGGAAGAUUCAGCAUGAAAACUCCUAAUGGAAAACUGAUCGCAGAUGUUGGUUGUGAACCAAUUCUCCACAUGAGACACUUCCAGGCAACAAAAAGACUUCCAGAGAAACUAAUUCAUCAAAUCCUUCAUCAUUCCGACAAAAGUACGAGUUACUGAAAGCACGGGUGAUUGUAAAGCAACCAAUGGCUAUCCUGUAUUGAAUGCGAAUUUCAGACUGUUCUUUCUUGGGAUGUGAAGGCCUUCAACGGAAGCUAUCCUCCAAAGAAUUUUUACCGUAGAGAAUGUCUCUGAUAGAGACUGGUUGUGUUGUAUACAAAUGCGUCUUUUUCUUUUAAUUUAUUUCUCUUUUUAGUUUUGAUUUUCAACUAAUUAGUUUUGACUGAAGUUAGAUCUCUGGCAUAUAGAUCAGGCCAGAUAUAUUUGUUUGCUUACAUUUCCUUGUUUCCUUCAGAACUAACUCUGUGAUAAUGAUAAGAGUAGCUUUUUGACAAA